AUGGCGGUGGAUGUGCGUUGUGCGUCUCAGUACGACGGGCCCUGCAAGGAAGCAGUAAGCAGCCGGCAUCCCCUCGAGCGCCUCCAUGCCGAAGCCGCCAACGGGCACAAAGAACGGCAGUUGAUCAUCUCUUUGCUAGCGAUAGCUCUUCUUCGACCAAGCGGACUUAGCCACUGGAAUCAACGAAAAGUAGGCGAAGCCGACGAUGGUUUUCAACUAGCAAAAACGCUACCUCAGACGAAUCUUCACUGCUGCCCCAGCGAAAGGCUGCCUGUUGCGGCGCCCGAAGCUCCGUUUGCUCUGCCAAGCUUCACUCUCGGCUCAAGUGGUGGGAUAUUCGACCUUCACCUGGACUUUGCCUUUUGCGUCUUCUUGUUCCAGCUUCCACAUCUACAUCUUCACACACGACUCGGAAUCGAGUUCAUGUCAACCACGAUCAUGUGA